CCCUAUGGACACUCAACAUGAACUUGAGAAAGGCCAAUUAUUGUUCAAGAAUCCAACUCACCAACAAUGGCCUGUCCACCCUCAUAUAUGCACUGCCAGAUGAAACCUUUGGGGUCAUUUGGAAAAGGAAAUUUGGAGCUUGAGCAACGAUUUUAGUCUGUCGGUUUCUUGUGUCUGUGCCAGAGUCGAUUGAGAGAGAGAGAGAGAUGAGAGGGAGGUACUGUUACAGGGAUGUGCUUCCAUUCUCAGCCAUGGUGUCCAUGGAGUGCAUGAACGUGGGGUUGAACACACUCUACAAAGCGGCCACCUUGAGAGGGAUGAGCGACCAUGUCUUUGUUGUCUACGCCUAUGCAAUUGCUGCUCUUGUUCUUCUUCCUGCUGCCUUCAUCUCCCGCAAAUCAAGAACGCUUCCCCCUCUCAGCAGGCCUGUACUUGCCAAAAUUGGUCUUCUUGGGCUCAUUGGGAGUUCAUCACAGAUCCUGGGAUACACAGGGAUCAAUUUCAGCUCUCCAACGCUUGCUUCAGCCAUCAGCAACCUCACCCCGGCUUUCACUUUCAUACUUGCCAUCCUGUUCAGAAUGGAGUUUAUAUCAUUGAAGAGAAGAAGCAGUCAGGCUAAGGUCAUUGGAACCAUAGUAUCAAUAUCUGGUGCAUUUGUUGUCACUCUAUAUAUGGGUCCUCCAAUUAUUAUUGGUACAAAACCUUCUCUCUCGCUUCAUCGGAAUUUGCACUCGUCGAACAUGGACUGGAUCAUUGGAGGGUCUCUUCUCACAGCUGAAUAUAUUCUAGUUACCAUGUGGUACAUUGUUCAGGCGCAGAUAAUGAAGGUGUAUCCAGAUGAACUGACCGUGAUUUUCUUUUAUAACCUAAUCGUGAGCUUCGUAGCUGCGACUGUCGCUUUAAUUACAGAACGGGAUAUGAAUGCUUGGAGAGUAAGGGACAUAGGACUGGUAUCCGUAAUAUGCUCGGGAAUUUUUGGGUCAUGCUUAAACAACUCUGUACACGCUUGGGCAAUCCGCUUAAAAGGUCCUUUCUAUGCUGCACUUUUCAAGCCAUUGUCAAUAGCCAUUGCAGUCGCCAUGGGCGUCUUCUUUCUUGGUGACACUCUUCACCUCGGAAGUCUCAUCGGGGUGACAAUUAUAUCGUUCGGGUUCUAUACCGUAAUGUGGGGAAAGGCAAAAGAGCAGACUAUGGAGGAGGCUGAAGAGAGCCGGCCGGUCUCACUACCCUCUGAGAAGGUCCCUCUACUGCAAAAUUAUAAGGCGGAUGAAGUGUAGAUCGAACUUCUGCAGAUAGAAUGAAGCAACAGACACUGCUCAGAGACUUGUGGCAAAGGAUUACUCAGGUAUAAAUAUAUGUAGGAAAAGGGAUGUAUACGUAUCAUAGUUUUUUAGUCGAAAGCGACGGUGCCACGAUGCAUUUAAACUGAGAAAUGUAGACGAAAGGUCUCAAUCCAAGUGUAAAAUUGGCAUGCGAUGUGAACGAAA